AUGUACUUAAGGCAGGAAGAGCUGAUGAAAUGCCAAGCAGUCAUCAUGGGUCACAAGCUGCUGUUGCUGUUUCUGUUAAUAGGUCUUACCUGUGCACGUGAAGAGAGAUGGGAAAUAAUUCCUGGAGGUGAUGGAAAAUUGCAUUUGGUUGACCUGAAUCGUGACACUGAACUUCUUGCUGUAAGUGACAGUGAUGUGUCUUUCCGCCUUUACACACAGUCAAACCCAACAAGUCCCCAGUAUGUGACGAUUGGAGAUGCCUCUUCUCUUGGUUCCUUCAGUGCUUCACGUCCCACAAGAUUUGCAAUACAUGGGUGGCUAGCUAGUGAGGACAACUUGGUGGCAAUACGUAAUGGUUGGAUACAGGCUGGAGAUUACAAUGUAAUAAUGGUGGACUGGAGAGGACCAGCAAGCAAUAUUUUGUAUGCACCAGCUCGUAAUGCAGUGCCAGAGGUUGGUCAGAUAGUUGCACGUUUCAUUGACUUUCUGGUGCAGCAGGGUGCUAAUGCUGGUAAUAUGGAAGUUGCUGGUCACAGUCUGGGAGCACAUGUUGCAGGAAUAGCUGGAAACAGAGCUUCUGCAACAAUUGGAAGAAUAAUUGCUAUGGAUCCUGCAGCACCACUGUUUGGAGGCACAGCAGCAGCAGACCGUGUUGAUUCAUCAGAUGCAGCAUUUGUUGAGGUCAUCCACACCUCAACCCUGGGGUGGGCUGAUCCACUUGGCCAUGCAGACUUUUUUCCAAAUGGUGGUACAUUUCAGGAAGGCUGUUCUGCUAUUAAUUUGGAGUGCAGUCAUAAUCGAUCCUAUGAGUUGUAUGCUGAGUCAAUCACAUCAUCUGCUUUUGUCAGCUAUCAGUGUGAUAGUUGGAAUAAUUUUCAAAAUGGAAACUGCAAUGGAAAUGCUCAAGUGGCAAUGGGUGCUCCCACUCCAUCUGGGACAACUGGAACAUUCUACCUAAAAACUAAUGGCUCACCUCCGUAUGCCCAAGGGUAAGGCACUCAACUGUGGUGGUCUACGAAACCAGGAUUCUGGCUAUUUUUACAGCUGAUUCUACUCUCAUUUCUACUCUCAUCUGAAUCAUCAUGUGAAUUAAAAGAGUUGAAGGUGACUUGUAAAUAAAGAAAGAAGUUACUUCUCUUACCACAGUGUAAAACAUUAAAUAAUAUUUUCAUUAAAAAAAUGUGACAGAA